UGGGUGUCGCCAUCUUGUCUUUCCCUCAGCGUGGGGGGCGCCAUCUUGUGCCCUCCCGAUGAAUGAGCGGCAUCGCAAAGGAGUGAGUCCAUCCGGUUUGGUCCGCCGCUGCGUCUCUCAGCGUGGCCGGCCAUGGAGUCCUACCUCGCCAGCCUUUUCCUCUUUCUCUGCUUGGGGCGCGCCUUGACGGCCCCAGAGCUGCUCAACGAAGAGGUGAAGCGGACGAUAGAUCUUAGCACGCACCUGGCCAAAGUGACGGCCGAACUGAGCUUGGUGAACUCCGCAGGGAGCUCCGGGGCUGCCUCCUCUUUCCUUCUGGCUCUGGAUCCCGGCCUGGAGAGCCACCUGGCAUACCUGGGGGUGCAGGUAAAAGGUGAAGAAGAGGAGGAGAAUACUUUGGAGGUAAAAGAGACAAAGGUUAAAAGUAAAAGAACUAACAUUGUUGUUGUAUUUCCGCUGAAUGUGGAAGUUCUUUUUAACUGGAAUGACACCCUUAAGGUCCACUAUGAAAACAACAGCCCGUUCCUGACUAUCACAAGCAUGACUCGCGUUAUUGAAGUUUCACACUGGGGUAAUAUUGCUGUUGAAGAGACUAUUGACUUGAAGCAUACAGGAGCUGUGCUCAAAGGGCCUUUCUCCAGAUAUGACUACCAAAGGCAGCCAGACAGUGGAAUAUCUUCUGUGAAAUCUUUUAAGACUAUUCUUCCAGCUGCUGCUCAGGAUGUAUAUUACAGAGAUGAAAUUGGCAACAUAUCUACCAGUCAUCUUCUUGUCCUGGAUGACUCAGUGGAGAUGGAGAUUCGUCCUCGUUUCCCCCUGUUCGGUGGUUGGAAGACUCACUACAUAAUUGGUUAUAACCUGCCAAGCUAUGAAUACCUCUUUAAUCUUGGUGAUCAGUAUGCUCUGAAGAUGAGAUUUGUUGACCAUGUAUUUGAUGAGCAAGUUACAGAUUCACUGACGGUGAAAAUAAUUCUUCCAGAAGGUGCCAAGAAUAUCCAUGUGGACAGUCCAUAUGAAAUCAGCCGGGCUCCUGAUGAGCUUCAUUAUACCUACUUGGACACAUUUGGCCGGCCAGUCAUUGUAGCGCACAAGAGCAACCUAGUAGAGCAGCACAUUCAGGAUAUCGUGGUGCACUACAACUUUAACAAGGUCUUGAUGCUGCAGGAGCCUCUGCUGGUAGUUGGAGCCUUCUACAUCCUGUUCUUUACUGUGAUUCUCUAUGUGAGGCUUGACUUCUCCAUUACUAAGGAUCCAGCAGCAGAAGCUAGGAUGAAGGUGGCUUGCAUUACAGAGCAAGUUCUUACCUUAGUGAACAAGAGACUUGGCCUGUACCGCCAUUUUGACGAAUCUGUGAAUAAGUACAAGCAGUCACGGGAUAUAUCCACCCUGAACAGUGGCAAAAAAUCUCUGGAGACUGAACACAAGGCCUUAACCAGUGAAAUAGCUUCGUUGCAGUCAAAACUGAAGGCAGAAGGCUCCGACUUGUGUGACAAAGUCAGUGAAAUUCAGAAACUUGACGGCCAAGUCAAGGAGCUGGUUCUAAAAUCUUCUGUGGAGGCUGAGCGGCUGGUAGUCGGCAAGCUUAAGAAGGAUACAUACAUAGAGAAUGAGAAGCUGCAUUCCAACAAGCGGCAGGAGCUGAUCACCAAAAUUGACAACAUCCUUGAUGCGUUAUAACUUGGAAGUUAAAAAAAUUUUAACAUGGGGAAAGAGCUAAAGGCUGUUGAAUGGGCAUACUGAGCCUCUCCAAGUGGGGAAUUGGCAGGGGUGGGGGAAGUCACUGGCUUAUAAGAUUGGGGCAAGGGAGAAUUUUUGGAAAUUGCUUUCUUUAAAAUUUGGAGUAAUUAUUUUAGGGCCUGUUUGCGACGUGCACCUGCCUGGGAGAGGUGUGGCUUACUGUAACUAUUGUCCUACUUAUAAAGGGUAAACUGUUAGCAACAUGGCUUCACAGUCUUGUCUGUUGAUGUGCUGAAAGGAGCCUUUAGUUAUCGGUAGGCAAGUGUGCAUAUGGGCCUUCUGCUGGCACUGAAAAGUCUCAACCAGGGAGGAUAAACACAACUGGGUUGUUCAAAGGUUUGGUGGAAAAUUCUUCUUCCGAUCUUUGAAUUUAUACUUUUAUAUUUUGGAGACGGGGUGUAGAUAAGGAACUUGAACAAAAGGAAUUUUUUACAGUAUUGUUGCAGAAGUUUUGAUUCUGGCACCUGAACUUUCUGAGCCUCUUUGAAAUUACAAUAUCGGGUAGCGUCCAGUGCAGGGGAAGGGUAUGAGGUGAGAUUAAUUUGCUUAUAAGCCUGUGCUUUUCCUCAGAUGGUUUUUCCUUUUUGUUUUUUUAAAACAACAUGUAGAAAAGACCAAACUGAAAUAAAGUUUAUGUCUGUUCUGCUUCUGGUUGUGUUUCAGGUCUAAAGCAAAUUUCCUAAAGCUUUGAGCUUCUAAAUUGAGCAGUACAUCAGUUUGUGAUGGCAAUUUUUUGUAUUGCUACUUACUUUAAAGAUACCAUUUUCUGAUGUUUGUGGACUUUUAAACUAAUUACUGCAAAUAUAAUGAUGGUAUUAAACUGACUGAAGGAAUAAAUCAAACUCUCCUAAGGAAGCAGGGAUAGAUUGCUAUGCAUUAAGUUAUAUUACGGCACAUAGCUCCUAGAAUCUAGAGCAUUCUUUAGUUACUAUAUAAGAACAUAUGAAAUUAGUCCACUGUUCUGCAUCACAGAAUGACUAAGCAGAGUGCUGGACUAGAGGGACCACUGGUCUGAUCCAGUGGGGCUAAUCUUAUGUCCUUAUAAUAGCACUGUGACACCUCUUCUCCACUCACAGAGUGCCUACCUCCCUGUACAUCUCUCAAGUUCAGGGUUGCAAGUAGGUCCAAUUGUCACAUAUUGCUGUCUUUUAAUAUCUAUUUCACCUUUCGGGUCCCCUCUCUUACAAAGACAUCGGCAGGGUACAAGGUAGCCCAGCCCCCUUUGAUAACAGACCCUCACUCAAACGCUUCACUGAGUUAUUGGGGUUGAGGGCACAUACUUUCUUCCAUUCACACACUGCCACCAUUUAUUCAUAUCCUAAAACAUUAGACUGAGAUCUUCACUGUGUCUUUCUUAGGGUUGCCAAGCCCUACCUUGGCCGCAGUGAGGGUAGUCCCGGCCCUCUCUUGAAGUUCUUUGAUGCG